GGCCGGUACUUUAUUGACAGAGAUGGCCAACUGUUUCGCUAUAUCGUAGACUAUCUGCGGACCCGAAAGCUAAUACUUCCCGAUGUCUUCGCUGAGAGGGAACGCCUACGAGUAGAAGCAGAAUACUAUAAGCUCUCGGACUUAGUCUAUCAGUUGUCGUCCAACAAACGGCUAUCACUGACCCCAUUAGCGUCGACCGCAACGCCGCCUCCAGUGUCUCCCAGCUAUGGGGCCAACGGCUACAUAACCGUCGGAUACCGGGGCUCGUUUGCCUUCGGACGCGACGGUCUGUCGGACAUAAAGUUCCGAAAAUUGACUCGAAUUCUGGUCUCCGGACGGGUAUUGCUCUGUAAGGAAGUGUUCGGUGAGAACCUGAAUGAGUCGCGUGACCCGGAUCACGGCCAGGACGACAGGUAUACGGCCCGCUAUUUCCUCAAACACCUCCAGUUGGAGUCAGCCUUCGAUAACCUCCAGGAGGCGGGCUUUCGAUUAGUGGGCGCCUGUGGUUCGGGCACUUCGUGUGGAAGUGGAGAACCACUGAAGCCCGGCAUCGAUACCGAAGAGAACCGAUGGAACCAUUAUAACGAAUUUGUCUUCUGUCGGCCUUAA